AGCGCGUCGUCCAACAUGAGCCGACUUUUUCUCUUCUUGUUGUUAAUAUACAUCGUCUCGACCACUGAGUCAUGCAUCAUUCAGGAGAAGAAGGAAAAACCAGAUAUUCGGGUGAUCGAGUUAGACGAUUCCAGCAGCGAAUCCAGCGAGCAGGAAAUCGUGGCCCUCCACCUGCCCGACAGACGAAGAAGGGAAAUCGAUAGCCGGGCGAGAAACAGUUCCUGCAAAACGGAUGAGGAUUGCGGUCCGGGGGCAAUCUGUCUCGCGUAUCUGACCUGCGUGAAGGGCAAGUGGCGAACCAUAGAUUUCCCCGAGACGACGCGCGCUGCCAAUUAAAAAAAAAAAAAAAUCGGACCGAUCGGACAG